UUUUGUAUGGAGCUGAACCAGCCGACACUGCCAAACAUCCGCAAGUGGAAGGGCCCCAGAGGAUGUUGGAAGGGUGUUGUUUCCGAAAAACCUUCGGGCCAGCUACACAAGGGAGUUGAAUAUUCUGGCUUCCUCUGGGAUACAACAGCUGGCAUCGAGCUGAAAGAUGCCUCAUCUCAGGAGAGCGCGCAGACUAACGGCAACGGGAAGCACUCGUACCCUCACCCCUAUCUUGCACAUUUCAAGGUUGGGAUGAAUGAUCUGACGGUGGUUAACCUCCAUCUGGCCUUGUCACCCUCGGCAGGAGAGAACACCGGGAAGAACCACGACAGCCACAAACUGGCAGCCUUUGCACAGACUUUGCAGGAGACUCUGAAAGGAGAAAAAGACGUGAUCAUCCUCGGAGAUUUUAACCAGGCCCCGGACAGCAGCGACCACGACAUCCUGAGGAAGGAGAAGUUCCAUCACCUGGUCCCUUCCAGCACCUUCACCAACAUCAGCACGAAGAACCCGCAGGGGUCCAAGUCUCUGGAUAACAUCUGGAUCAGUCGGAGCUUGAAAAAGGUUUUCACAGGCCACUGGGCUGUUGUGCGUGAAGGUCUUACAAACCCAUGGAUCCCCGACAACUGGUCCUGGGGUGGGGUGGCUUCGGACCACUGCCCCGUGCUCGCCGAGUUUUACCUGGAAAAGGACUGGAACAGGAAGGAGGUGACACGGAACGGGAACGGGGUGAUGGUCGAACGCAACGACUCCCACACCAAGCACGAACGAUGACGCGAACUGGAAGGUGCCUCUUCUGCUCCCCAGUGAGCAGCCGAAGGCUCCGUUGGCCGGCGGCUCGGCAGAGCGGGACUGCCUCCCCCUCUCCCUCCUCCCCGCUCCCCUCCCUGCCCCUGGAAAACAUCAGCACUUCUUUUCGGUGGCUUCGUGCCCCUCUCGGACAGUGGUGGGGUGUCUCAGCGGCAGCAGAACAAUCCGCAUCUUUUUCUGGGGACGCAGUGGGCGUUUCCGUGCCUGGAGA